AUGGGAAACCGCCAUAUGACCCCCGAUGCUGCUGCACGUAUUGCAAAGUCACACCCUGGGUCAGGAUUUGCCAGAAGAUCUGCUCGAGCAGGUCAUAGUAAUAGCGAACGUGACGCUAAAUCUCAAUCUGCAUGGGACAGCGAGAUGCAAGCUCAGAAUGGCGAAGGUGAAGCAUCGAGCGGUAAACAAAAUAUGAAGGCAGAUCAAAUCUCUGUACAAGACGGACAAGAGCAAGGUACUGGGGGAGAACGAUGUUCAUAUUGCAUCUCGGAAGCCCUUUGCGCCCGUCAUGCAAGCAAGUGGGGCUGGUAAUAGGAGGCGAACGUUGAAUGCUGCCCGGUUCACUUCAGGGUCAUCCUAAACGCUUUGAAUCGGAUUGUUUGCCUAUGGUGCUGUGGUUGUUUUUCCCUCGUACGACGGAUCAUCCUCAUUUCAAAACACGUUUCGUCGCUGGGAUCGUAGAUUCGCUGCUGAAUGGGAAAUUGAUAAGAUCUAUGGGAAUUGGCAUCUCAAUAUCCAUGCCAAAGUAGCUCAGCUGUUGUGAUUCGCAAUGUUGAACACAAUGGGGAAUGCAGAGGCAAACAACAUAACCUGGCCCCUUCAAGUUCAUAUCAACUCUUGAUACCUGUGAUGAUCAUACAUGCAUGGACUGCCUAAUGAAGUCAACAAUCUUCCUAUAACUGAGAGUAUCCUUGCCGAUGUAGCACAGCACCUUCUGAGCUUGACCAAACUGAAGAAUCCGGGAGAGGCUGCGAUGAAGUUGACUCCUCCGCAUGAAGGCAACAGGUCGAGAUCGACAAUUCAAUAUCUGCUUUCAUUUGAGACUAUGGACAAGAGAUUAGAAAUCAUAGCAAAUACCAAAGCGAUUCAUGCUGCAUUCUUGCAUAUAUUCCGAAUUCUCUUACAUCACGGCGGUCGACUUCAAUUCUCAUCAACUUAUUACUACCAGGUACUCACUCACGUGUAAGCUUUGACCAUUUACAUAUAUAUGCGUAUAUGCCUAGUACUUAUACAUGAAUUAUGAAGCGAUUCUGAAGCAAUUCCAAUGUUGCGUCGAUGGUUG